CCCGCGAGGUGACCCUGCAGCUCUUCACAGAUGGGAUCACAAAUAAGCUCAUUGCCUGCUACGUGGGUGACACCAUGGAAGAUGUAGUUCUGGUGAGAAUUUAUGGCAACAAGACUGAGCUGCUAGUGGACCGUGAUGAAGAAGUGAAGAGUUUCCGUGUGCUGCAGGCUCAUGGCUGUGCACCUCAGCUCUACUGUACCUUUAAUAACGGACUGUGCUAUGAGUUUAUACAAGGUGAAGCUUUGGACCCACAGCAUGUCUGCAACCCAGCUAUUUUCAGGCUAAUAGCUCGUCAGCUUGCUAAAAUCCAUGCUAUCCAUGCACACAAUGGCUGGAUCCCCAAAUCUAACCUAUGGCUUAAGAUGGGAAAAUACUUCUCCCUCAUUCCCACAGGAUUUGCUGAUGAAGAUAUUAAUAAAAGGUUCCUAAGUGAUAUCCCGAGCCCUCAACUUCUUCAAGCAGAAAUGACCUGGAUGAAGGAGAUUCUGUCCAACCUGGGCUCACCUGUGGUGCUUUGCCACAAUGACCUGCUGUGUAAGAAUAUAAUCUACAACGAGAAACAAGGUGACGUACAGUUUAUUGAUUAUGAGUAUUCUGGAUACAACUACCUGGCAUAUGAUAUUGGAAAUCAUUUCAAUGAAUUUGCAGGUGUCAGUGACGUAGAUUAUAGUCUCUAUCCAGAUAGAGAACUCCAGGGCCAGUGGCUGCGGGCUUACCUGGAAGCCUACAAGGAGUAUAAAGGCUUUGGCAGUGAAGUCACUGAAAAGGAAGUAGAGACACUCUUCAUUCAAGUCAAUCAAUUUGCAUUGGCUUCUCAUUUCUUCUGGGGACUCUGGGCUUUGAUCCAAGCCAAGUACUCCACAAUUGAGUUUGAUUUCCUUGGGUAUGCUGUUGUUCGCUUUAACCAGUACUUUAAAAUGAAGCCCGAGGUCACAGCGCUGAAGAUGCCCGAGUAAAGAAGAGACCUCAUUGUUCUCCAGGAGCUGAGCAGUGCUUGUGGAUGUUUCCUAAGAAAUCCCGAAAGCCAAUAUUUGUUAACACUCAUUGAAUUUGGUUAUCUUGCUUUACAAAUUAUGCCUCUAAACAACCAAUCUAUUUUUAAAUAGAGUGAUGUUAAAAAUAUGGUUACUGUUGUCAGUAUGUGACGGGCUAGAGAUUUGUCCAUCAGUGGAAAGAGUUGAGUUGGCUUUAGCCUUUGGCAGCACAGUCCGUGUUACAUGUGAUUACUUGUUACAGAUUUGACAUGACUGACUACUUUUCAUCUUUCAUUUGUUGGUUCAGAGUAUGAAAUGAGAUGUUGUAGAGAUCUUUUAAAAGUUUUGUUAAUAGGGUUAAUUUUAGAAGAACAUUCUUGUUUGGUGUGACCUUUGUAAAAUGAACCAUUUACUGUUGACAUGGCAGUCACUGCCUUCAUAGUAACUUAGGGUGUUCUAGACUUUUCUAGAGAAGUGCCCACUUAAGAGGGAGCAAGACAGUUACUGUCUCUAGGGGUCUACGUUCUUGAAUUGGAAAUUGGAAAUAAUUUCUCUGAAGAAUACAACUUAGAGUUAAAUUGUCUCUUUAUAUAGCCUGACAAUAUAAAAUAUAUUUACUGUAUAAUCCUGGAAUACAACUAUAACAAUUUAAUGUUAAAAUGUGUAUUAAGUCAUGUUUUAAAAUACUAGAUAUGGUCAUUUAAGGUAAUAGUCCCAGUUUUUAGAAUUUACCUAUCAAAUUGUUUCUAACCAAAAAUUUUGUUUAACUUGAUUCUUUUUUUUUUGUUUAGUAGUAGCUGAUAUUGUUCCUAUUUGAAACAAACAUACAGAGUUCAUCAUACUUGGAAGCAAGGAAUAUCAUUUAGAUUCUUUCUAUUCAGAUUCAUUCCUUAGGUUUGUUUUGUGUCUGUAGAGUCAGCAAAUGAUUGCUUAUACAUGUAAUUUCAGAGUAAUAUUGUUAAAGCAGUUAGAAGAACCAGUAAGGAACAUUUAGGUAGGUCAUUGAGCUUGAAUACUUAAAAUCUUAACAAAUAAGGAAAUGUGAAUUAAAUAAGUAGUCGUGGUAGGAGGACUUGUUUUAUCUUGUUUUUGUUAGUCUAGUUUUUAUUUUUGUAUAGGUGUGAGAGGGAAGCAAUUAUUAUAUGGAAGGAAGUUCGGUCUUUGAGGUAGACCAGAAGGCUUUAAUCUUUGAAGACUGUGGACUUGAACAGUCACAGCUAACUUAACUUAGCUUAGUCAGACAGGCUUUGCACUUUGGUCACAUAAGUGCUUUUGUACUAAGUUGGCUCCAUGGAUCUGCAUAUUUAAAGUCUGCAGCACAGAUCUAUCCUAAGACAUUGUCUGGUAUAUUGUUCCACAUGACUUCUGUUCUCAGACAAGUGCUUUAAAAUACUUGGAUUGUCUCAACGUGUUCAAAGCUAAUAAAGUAAGUAGAAACACUUACAGCCAUGGCCAUUUGAGAUGGUAAAUUCUAGCCACGUAAAUAGACUCCUAAGUAUGUGUCUCUAACAGUGUUAGACCUGGAUUUGGUUUCUACCUCCCUAAUGUUGUAAAGUUCACUUUUGUUUUUAUGAAUCACAUUACUGUAAGAUCAUUACAAUUCUGCCGACUUCUUUGAAUGAAAACAAAUAAUGACUAGCUCUUUUCAAUGUUAAAGGAAACCUACAAAAACUGGCUUAGUGGAAUUUUUAUUUGUGAUUGGAACAUUGUCAUAGAAUGGUAAAAAUGUGAGCCUCCUGAUUCUUUGCUUUCCUCCUCUUAAAAUCCAAAAGUAUGUGUCACGUGGAAACACUGGAGAAGACAGUGUUGGCUAGUUUGUUCCUGUUCUUACUUGAGAGUGCUUUGAGUGGAGGCUUACCAUGCUGCUGCUGCUGCUGGUGGACUGCAUAGCAGCCAGCUGAGACAGCUGCCCCAGAGACGCCGGUGGCGGUGCACGCACCCACAGUGAGGCGUCCUUGUUCACCCUGCUAGCAUGGAGGAGAUCUUGGAAGAAGACGAGCACAUGUAAACUGUUGUCCCCAUUCCUUGGCCAGAUUUGGGUGCUCUGAUGCGCCUGCUUCCCAUACAGCUUUUGGGGAUCAUGGUGUAGAUUAUCAACAGGAUUCAAAAUGUCUUUCCUUUGUAUUGACCAUGUAAGGGAUUCUAAAGAGGGUACAGCGGGACAGCUUGGAAGAGCAUCCCUCUAAAAUGUGUCCUGAGGCUUGCUAGGAUGUAAGUUGCCUUCUUUUGUUAAGCUAAGGAACUUGAAUGCCUUACCUAAUCACUCAACUGGUGGUAAGCUCAUUUUGUAAAUAUGAAAGUGGAUGUUAGAAGUGGCAUUCAUGGAUGUUCAAUGUUAAUCAAUAGACCGUAGUGGCCUGGAUGCUGUAACAAGCAAAAUUCCACAUUUCUGCCCUCUACCCUGAUCCUGUCUCCCUGGCACACCCGUAUGAUCUUGAACCUGACCAAUGAUAUUUGAUUUCCCUUCUCCUAAUCCUGUGCUACCACCAUUUUUUGGAAAUGAGAUGUGGUGGACACGUCUCACUGUUGACAUGAUCUGCCUGAGAUCAACAUGAGCACAAACCUCAUCAACUAGGUCUGCCUGGAGUGUAAAUAGGACAGUGUAAAUAAGCAGCUGUAAUUAGUGUGAGUUGUGUCCUGCAUACAAGAGUGUGUAGUUUUGCAUUCUCCUUUGUAGAAGUUUUUCUGUCACUAAGUGAUCCAGUCUGUUGGUGUUUGGCUGGGAGCUGUGCACACCUCCAGCUGUGCAGUGAGAAAGCAAGAACUGGAAGUGAGCUUUAUUGGGUUUGGUUAAUGUUGUGUUUAUUUAUUCAGCCUCUCAGUGCCUAAUAAGACUUUUCUCCAGUUUUUACUCAGCUGUUGAUUUUUUUUGUGUGUUAGAUUCUGGGAAGCAGUGAAUUUAUAAUGCUCACUCUGUGAGUCACAAUUUGAGGGUAGAGAAAGCUAAAAAUGUAAUUUGAUGUUUAUAAACUGAAGUGUGGCCCCCUUUUCUAUUUUCAGAGUUUGAUGACACUUUCAACAAAAUCUUGAUAUUCACUGUGACUGUAAAUCACACCCAUACAAGACAAAGGGCAAAGGGCAUCUCUUAGUUUUGUCAGGUGGCUUCUCUGGAGUAAGUUCAGUGUGGGGCUGUGAGAAUAAUGGUGGCUUUUAUGACAACUAUCCCGUGUUUAUUUUAACUUGAUGAGUUUAGACUUAAAGGAAGAAUUCCCCCAAGCACUCUAGAGGAAAAGUCCUCAGGCUUCUGAGUUACCCAGAAACCGCCUGUACCUCCUGAUGCUCUCACUACCAGGUGGAAAGGGAGUAGUGUCGGGGUUUUGGUUUUUCCUGACUUGCUUUUAAGCAUUUUAUACUGCAUUCCUGAGUACUGUAGACUUAAAUAGUUCCUUGUUAAUCUGUCAUCCUGUUGACAAAGUCAACAGUGCUUUGUCCUGGGGUUUUCCUAGUAGCAGCAUCAUGUGCUACCUCACACAGAAGGUGAGCGCAGGUGGAGACUAGCCUCUGAGUGUCUCACUUCAGGGCCAGGUGCUGUGGUCUGUCUUCUCUGUCAGAUGUCAUGAUGGCCUUUACUGUGAAGCUGAGCUGCAUCUUCAGUCAUGUUUCUGUUGUGAAAGGCAAGAUGAGGCAUGGCGAGCUGCCUUUCCCUGGAGUGACGGCAGUGUUAAAUCUUGGGUUUGACAAGUGCUACUAGCUACUCCAGAUAAAACAUCCCUGUUUUUGGAACUUCAGCCCGUAUUUCUGUAAAAGAAAAUACUUGAGGUUUUUGUAUUACCUUGAAUUCUUGAAGACUAAAUUCAGUGAUAUGUUAAAUGAGUUAGAUUUAUUUGAGUAGUUUUUAUGCUGAAAUUUUUUCAAUUUUGGCACAAUUUGAUAUGGGAAGAGACCCCAAAGUGUUUGGAUUAGAAACAAAUACUGAUGCUUCACUCAUAAGCACUUUAAAGUUGUGUGUUGGAGGCUACUCUCCUGGACUGUGCGCUGUGGUACCACCAACACCACCUUUGUCCAUUGUGCAUUGUAUGGCGUGUGUACUUGCAAAAAUACUUCUUCAAAUAGUUACAGUUUUACCUUUUAGUUAUCUUGCCCACUGUGAUAAUUUUGAGCCGAUUAAUACGUUAAUAAAACACUAGAUGCUUACAGAACUGAAACAUCACCUUGUCUUUUGAUUGGUGUGUGAAAGUAGAGCAGGAAAACCUAGUGGAUUGGAAUUACAGGCUUCCUAGCCAGGAUCUUAGAGAGCUGGGUUGAAACCCACUGACACCUGCAGAGCAGUGGAGGGAACAGAGUACCUGCUCGCCAUGCCUGCACUGUGGCAUGCUGCUGCUUGUUUGUAGGUAGUGACAAACUGAGUGUUCAUUGUCAAUAAUCUAAAGUUGUCCUCUGUAUUUACCUGUACUAAAGUAACUGUAAACUAAUGGAACCCACAAGAACGUUUCUGUAUUUAGGAGCUUUUGUACAGCAAGGUCAAACAUCCUAAUUGAAGGAAGAAGACAUGGUGUUACCUAUAUGCAAGGGGAAAAACUGAAAUGAGAACUGUCAUUGCGUUAGCUGUCUGUUGAAUUGGGAAGCUGUGGCAUAGAUCUGAAAUUUGUGUUUCUCAAAUGUGAAUUGUAGUCUAAUGCUGCUUUGUAUGGACUGUAAGUGCUACGGAUAGUCUCAGCACUGAACAUGCAUCGAUACCUCGCAGAUGAAUGCAGCCUUUGUCCUAGGUUUCCCUACGCCUCAGCCAGUGUCUGAGUGCCGGAGAACUUGCUCAUCUGUUUGCUAGCGGAGAUACUUCCUGCUUUUUCCUUUGUUGUUACAUAUUUUUAUGUUUGAAAUUUAAGUUUUACUACUGUUAAUUUAAGUAAGAUUUGUUUCGUGGCUAAAAUGGCAUCGCCAGUGAAAUCAACAGCCUCAUUCAUGUAGCUGCUGAAGUGACAUUUGUGUUCUGUGUUCAUGGACUUGCAACGAAGCCGUGUUUCUGUUAAGAUACAAGUGCGGCUUAGGCUUUAUUUCUGUUUAAUAAGGCUUUCUACCAUUGAUUAAAUGAAGGAAUGUAUCUUUUUGAAGAGAUUUAUAUUCUGUAAAUAAGCAUUGGUUGUAACAAUAAAGUUGAGUUCUAACUA